AACAAUAUCCUUAUUAUAUAAAUAUUAUAAAUAAUGUGUUUCUUAAUUGGUGGACAAAACAGACAACUUUAUAACAACUGUAGCUUACAACAGUGACACAGUGUCUAUCACUAUAGGAUUACCAAUCGGUAACUCACCGAUCCAGUACUACCACAGAACAAGUCUUCAGAGUUCAGACUAUAGUCGCCACUCACCAGUCGACAUUCGGCACUAGACUUGACACUAUCGACAAUCAAGUAUCUAGGACUCUAGACGACAACGGAUAGACGGUGACAUUAUGGAUUCACAAGAUUAUUCUGACAGCAGUGAUGAAAAUGAUUCAGACUACAAACCACCAGGCGAAGAUGAAAAUUUAUCAGAAGUUGAUUCAGAUGACCCAAUCGAUGAUGAUGAGGAUAGUGUCAGUACAUCUGCUAAAAAAUCAAAGAGAACUAAUAAGAAAUCAACAACUAAGACGGGAAAAAGAAGAUCACUAAAGAAAUCUAAAAAAAUAGUUAUUGAUGACGAAACUAUUGAAAAAACAAAGGAAGAAGUUGAUACUCUCCUUAAUUCCUCUGAAGAUGAUAAAAAACGUUUAGAUGCUUUGUGGGAAGAAUUUCAACGACCUAUUCAAAAAAAAUCUUCCAAUACACCUAUUACGAGUGAAAUUAAAUCCAAAUCGAAAGAAUCCAUAAAAGUUGUAGAUAAACUAGAAACUACCAAAAAAAGAAACUUUGAAGCGUUAUUUGACUGCUCUGACUCAUCUAAAAAAGUGAAAAAUGAUGAUAACACUGCUACAACAACAAAGUCUUCAGAAACAAAAAGUUCGGUAGCCCCUAUUGCUACAAAGUCAUCAGGAGGCUUAGCAAAUAUAUUGAGUCAAUUAGGAAAAAAAAGUAAAUUAUCGGUUUUAGAAAAAUCUAAACAAGAUUGGGAUGGUUACAAAAAGAAAGAAGGAAUUGUUGAAGAAUUAGUCACAUACAAUAAAGGAAAAGAUGGGUACUUAGAAAAGCAAGACUUUUUAGAACGGACAGAUUUACGACAAUUUGAAUUGGAAAAAUCGAUGAGAGCUGCAAAUAGAUCGCACAGAAAUUAGACAUGGCAUAAUUUAUUUGUAUUCUAUCAAUAAUUCCUAAUAUUUACGUAAUUCGUUUUUAACUUAAAUUAUAUUCAAUUUAAACUAAAAUUAAUAU